AUGCGUGCGAAAAACACUUCCCUUAAAUGUGUGUCGCAUCUACUUUCCAAUUAUGCCUCGUUUCAAAUGGAAGAGGCUCUCCCCUUGUGGCAACUUUGGCUUACCGCACUGCACGGAACAAAAAUGCCAGUGCGUGAUACAGUUGCAUCACAUAAGGAAAAUUUUUACCUGGCUCUCUUAUCUACUUUUUAUAUACCGCAUAUUAUUUGUGGCCUCUUUGUAUGCUACUUUGGGCACUCUGCGGUAAAUGAUCCAUCUUAUUCUUAG